AUGAAGCGUCAUCCUUUCUUGUGUGGAGCAGAACGGCGGCCUUUCAUCGCUGCUUUCCAUUCCCCCUGGUCUGGCCGCUUCAUCCCCUGUUUUGUUCUAGCUCUGUUUACAAAACAACUAUGGCAGGAAAGUCUCUGCUCUUCGGCGUUUGCACGCUGCUUCUGGUGGCUCUCGGUUUGGAAGUUUACGCAGACGGGCUGGUAAACGAGGACGUUAAGAGAACCGUGGACCUGGGCACUCAUUUAGCCAAGAUCACUGCGGAGAUCGUGUUGUCUAACCAGGGACCUUCCGCCGUCCAGAACUUUAUAUUAGCGGUGGAGCCUGACCUGGCACCCCGCUUGGCUUACAUCGGAGCUUCGGUUAAAGGAGAUGAAGAGGAGGAUGGCACUCUGGAACUCCAGCAGACGUCCAUUCAGGGCCAAAGGGGAGACUUCUACAAAGUGCAGCUGUCCUCAAGUCUGGCUCCAGGUGCACAGCUGAAAGCGAAGGUGGAGAUGGCCUUUAGCCACGUCCUCAAGCCGUUCCCCUCGCACAUCACCCAGGCCGAGCGCCAGCUGGUGGUUUUUCAGGGGAACCACUACUUCUACUCCCCAUAUCCCACCCGCAGCCAGACCACACGCGUGCGCCUGGCCUCCAAAACUGUGGAGAGUUACACCAAGCUGGGCAACCCAAGCAAAACUGAUGAGGUUAUCGAGUACGGACCCUUUCGAGAUGUUGCACCAUUCAGCGAGGAUACAAUGAAGAUCCAUUACGAGAACAACACACCGUUUCUCACCAUCACCAGCAUUGUCCGCACUAUUGAGGUGUCUCAUUGGGGCAAUAUCGCCGUGGAGGAAACCAUUGACCUGAGACACACAGGAGCCGUCCUCAAGGGUCCCUUUUCCCGCUACGAUUACCAGCGUCAGUCGGACAGCGGCAUCUCGUCUGUCAAGUCCUUCAAGACCAUCCUUCCUGCCUCCGCUCAGGACGUCUACUACAGGGAUGAGAUUGGAAACAUCUCUACAUCCCAUUUGCAAGUUUUGGAUGACUCUGUAGAAGUUGAAGUCAGACCUCGAUUUCCCUUGUUUGGAGGCUGGAAGACCCACUAUAUGAUUGGCUACAAUCUGCCAAGCUAUGAGUAUCUCUACACACUUGGUGACCAGUAUGCACUGAAAAUGAGACUAGUUGACCAUGUGUAUGAUGACCAGGUCAUUGACCAUAUGACAGUAAGGAUCAUUCUUCCAGAGGGGGCCAAAAACAUUCAUAUUGAUACACCUUACAAAAUUGAUCGUAUGCCAAACCAGCUGCACUACACUUAUCUGGAUACCUUUGGGCGACCAGUGUUGGUGGCAACUAAGUCCAACCUUGUGGAACAGCACAUCCAGGAUUUAGUGGUUCAUUAUAAUUUCAAUAAAAUCCUGAUGCUGCAAGAGCCUCUGUUGGUUGUUGGGGCCUUCUACAUCCUCUUCUUCACUGUCAUAAUCUACGUCCGUCUGGACUUUGCCAUCACAAAGGACCCUGCUGCUGAGGUCCGGAUGAAAGUGGCCUCCAUCACAGAGCAGGUGUUGACUCUGGUCAACAAACGUCUGGGUCUGUACCGUCACAUGGAUGAGGUGGUCAACCGGUACAAGCAGUCCCGGGAUACGGGGGCGCUAAACAGCGGUCGGAAGACGUUGGAGGCUGAACACCGCACCCUUACCAAUGACAUCAGUACGCUGCAGGCCCGCCUCAAGGCAGAGGGCUCUGAUUUGGCUGAAAAAGUGGCGGAAGUGCAGAAGCUGGAUGGCCAGGUGAAGGAUCUGGUGUUCCGCUCCUGUCAGGAGGCAGAGCGGCUGGUGGCUGGCAAAGUAAAGAAGGAGGCUUACAUUGAGAAUGAGAAGUCGCUGACCAGCAAGAGACAAGAGCUCAUUAGCCGCAUCGACAGUCUGCUGGAUACCCUUUAAACUGCUGCUGCUGCUCUAAAGAACACACCACACCCACACUUCUACAUUUACCAGCUGGUUCAAUUCAAAUGCAAAGAAAUGUGACAUAUGAUCAACUUUUUUUUUUAAUCGUCAUUUCAUCCAGAUAUGGCUUAUUAACAUCUCAUUUGACUCAAGUGAUGGGUUUAUCCCAACAUGUGCCUUUGUGCCUGGUGAUAAACUAAAUCACUGCGUACUCGCAGAGCAGCAACAUCACAGCUUUAAUCAAUUUUCACAGCCAGCUCAGACUUAAUGCUUCUUGUGUUGUCAAGGCUGGACUUUUUUAUUUUCUUUUUUUUUCUCCCCUCUUUUUCACCAUGAAAUGUUUUUGGUAAAGGGACCGUUAUUAGAAGGAGUAACAGAAGUGCCCAAAUCUUUUUGGUCUCAUGUCUUGACCCACAAAAACUGUAUUGUACAUUUGAAAGAAGUGUGAAGGUAAUGGUUUCUUCUGAUCUUACAUCUUCUGCCCUUUUUUUUUUCUUCUGGCCCUUGACUGACAGUUAUAUUUGAAGCUCUGAUUGCGGAUCAGCACCAAUUCUUAUUUUUAAUGUUCCUCCGUCAUAUUUUCUACAUUUUGUACCAUUCAGGUGUUGUUUUUGCGUUAUAUUUUUGACUGUGAGAUUAAAGACUUAGAGAUUAAAUUGGAUGUGAGGAAAGACAUGGAAGAUGUACAACAAAGAUCUAAGGAAUGGGCAACAAUGUGGAACUUUUUCAAAGUUGAAAUAAAGUUUGGAGAAACUGAA